GGGCGUAGUGGCCUUACACUUACCCAUGGAGUCGUUAAAACUCGCUCUGGGUGGGAGCCGGUACCGGGCUGCGAACCCUGUACCUACCAGCCUUAUGUCCGAUGGCUUUACCACGACACCACCGACGCCGGUGUUUAUAUACCACACUGGGUCCAGGAAUAAUUAUUACACUGCAUUAUUGUUUGCAAUAUACAGUGUGUUCUGGACAAGACCUAAAGCAGAAAAAUAGCCUUAUUUGGAUCGUUGCAUGUUUGUUUUCGCUUCUUCAGUCGCAUAUCAUAAACAUCAAGUAAAAUAUUUAUUAAAAAAACAGAGAAGAAAAGCUCAAGUUUAUUCAACAAGUGUCAAACCACCAUAACAGUUUCGUGCAUUUAAUAAUUGAAAUAUUUUUAUUAUCCACCAAUAUUGAUGACCAACGUGUUAAUAAGUCAUGCUAUGUUUUGAAUUUGACAGAAAAACAAGCAAAACACAACAAAAAACUACUGGCUGUUAUUUUUAUACAUGAAUACUUCUUACGUAGGCCUACCAGUACUUUAUUGGACUAUUAUUUGCAUAAUCAGUCCUACCCUUGACAGACAAUGGAUUAUUACUAUCCGCUGCCCCGCGCUACCUCUAUUCCCCUAUCAGGCGCCGAUCAAAAGCGAAGAUGCUGAGGUGUGCAUUUUGGCAUUUUUCGUUAAGUUACAAAAAUGGCCGGAAACGUAAAGCAUAAAACGUGACGUCAACAAUGUUUUGACGUUUGACUUAAUAUGCUUUAUUGGUGUCAACGCGAUACUACGUACAUUCUUCAGACUGUUGUUUUAACUUCAGAAAUGUGCGAACAGAAUCGCUGUUUGUCAUUUAAUAAUCAUAUUCAAGUUAAAUGUGUAUAUAUGGAUCGAAUACUACCAAAUGACGACAGCUAACUACCGUGCUGUUUUGUUCCGAUGUUUUCUACAAGUGUUCAGUGGAUGUAUCAAUAGAGUUCUCCAACCAUGACGAAUCGUAAGGAUCAUGACACAACGGACACGGAUACCGACAAGUCAUCCACCCAUGACGAUUCAUCGAACCAGAUCCAUGCACACCAAGAAAACAACUCAGUCGCAGUCGGCAACUCAUCACACCCAUCGAUCAUAGACAGUCGACCGAAACCCGAUUCAUCCCACGAAAACACCACACUCAAACCGGUAACGGAUUCCUGUGAAUCCAGAAAUCUUAGCCCAUUGACCAACGACCAAGCUGUGACGCGUAUUCCAGUUCCGGAAUCUCCCACCAACGAAACCAGCGCAAACGGUGACGAAUCUGAUGUCGUAUCUAGUUCUGUCCCGAUUCCAGUGGAUGUUGUUGUUGAUGACGACAGCACGAGGUAUUUGACGUCAGAGUUAAACCACGGCGCGACGUGCAGCAGCGACACCAUAGACUCCGGCAUCUACAGAUCCUCCAGGUCUCUCGAGCGAUCCGAGAGCGCGUUCGAGCGCGAAGACACCGUCCCGGAACUACACCAGCAGCCGCGACUCGGCAACGACUACAACUACGACUACAGGCGCCCGUCCAACUCGACCAUCGAGAGUCUGUCGGACGACGAGAUCGAGGAGAACUACCUGGGCAACAUCCCGGCCCACAAGCGACGGAGCGGGGUGUUCGUCUGCCCCAUCCAAGAAGCAGACGACAUCGCAAGGAAUGCCGCCGCCACAGACGAUUGCGACUCCUACAUCGGGGUGAAGAGGAUCAGACAGGACACAUCGUCCACGGAGGAUUACGACAACAACGUCGCCGCCGACGGCAAUGACAUCAGCAGCAUGAGCUUCGGGGUAAAAAGAGCCCAGCAUUUAAAGUCUGACCAAAAUGGCGACCCUGGAAGUCUCGAGAAGGCGAGGCCAGAGCGGUGGUCGCUAGGGUCAAUGGAUUCCAUGGGAUCCAAGUCAGAGUGCUCCGUGAGUUUCAGCAACUCCUUGGCCACCCACGUGAGGAAGGAUUCCAUAGCCAUAGGCCUGGAUAAGAUGCGACCCAGUCAGACGUUCAGAAGACGGUCGUCGGUGACGUUCGCGGAUCUGGAGGGACUGAUAAACAAAGCCAAGCUGCACAAGUCGAAGAAGGAACUUCUACAACAAUAUCGGCUUCAUAUCUUCGUGGCAGUGAUCUUCGCAGUGACCGUGACCUUCGUCGGAAUCGGCUGGUUCUAUCACAGCAAGGCCGUCGAAGCCCUCGUGAUCAGCCAGAAAAUCUUCUUCGACCCUAGGAGUCGCAAGCUGACACUCCACUCCCAGGUGGACGGGGACGAGGUCACCGGCUACAUCGGCCUCAACAUCCCGCGGUGGCAGCUUCCCCUGCACUGUCAGAUCCAAGAGGAAGGCAACCCCAACGCUAAGGAGUGUCUCUGGAAGCACAACGCCAUGCUGCGGAUCAACUACUACAAGGAGAAGUCGAUACAGUGUUACAACAUAUCCUGGGAGUAUCUCAAUCCCAGCAUGGAUCCUUUGGAUUGUUUCGAGAUUGGAAAUUCCAUCUGGUUUGGAUCGUCCAAUCUGUCUACGAAUAUGUUCCCAAUUGUUGGAAGUUUCUCGUACAACCCGAAUGUCUAUCGUAUCAAAGGAAACGGCGUGUUAAGCCAGGCCGUGGAAUACUACUGGUUGUCGUCCAACUCUCACGCUAUUUUCUUUCAUUCUGAUAUACCUCUACACAUUUCGUGGAACGAUACUCAUCCAGGAAGAAUGUGCCUGAUUUCCAAUUAUUCUAGUCCGUUUUAUACAAAGUCUGAAAAGGGCACACCCCCUUUUAAUUACACUGUUUGCAAUGGCCACGAUAUGGUAGAGACUCAUAUGUUCAUGAGAAGCAUGUUUUCUUCCAAAUCGAAAGUAGCUAUGGUAAACACUGAAAUGUUACUCAAUCCUUGGUGGUCGGUACACAACGAUAACCAAGAAAUUUCCCAGAAGGACGUAUUAGACAUGGCGUCCAAUAUUAAGAAGCACAGAUUGAAUUGUAGUACUUUGGACUUAGAUGGCAAAUGGCAGAAUCGGGAAGGGGACUUGGAUUUUGAUCCAACGAGGUUUUCCAACACAACAGAAAUGUUAGACUUUAUCAGAGGUGCUAGAUGUAAUAUAUCGGUAUCUGUCAGCCCACGCUUUGAUUAUGGCUCCUUGAACUUUAAGGACGGCAUUGAGAAGGAUUACUUUGUAAAAGACGCUGGAGGCGAGGUACCGGGAUUGACCAGAAACCACAACAACGGUGUAGCAACAGUUCUUGAUGUCUCGAAUCCGUCAGCUCGAGCUUGGUAUGCGUCAAAACUCGGCAAAAUGGCGUCCAUCUAUGGCAUCAACACGUUCAGCUUUUCUUACGGGAACGGAUCGUGGCUGCCACACUUCCCGCACUUCGACGAGAAGAUCAUGUCCCCGAACAGACUCAGGGGACUGUAUUCCCAGAUGGUGGCCUCUGUGAGCAAUAAAGUGUCCAUGCAGAUGAUGUCUCAAUCCCAACACGUCCAGGCGUUCCUUCCAAUACGGUCGCUGAUAACAGUCCGCCGAGACAGGGCCUGCAUCUCUAACUCAAUCCCAGCAGCUCUAACCACCGGCCUCCUCGGCUAUCCUUACGUUUUCUCGGAUGGGUUUCAGUUCAGCAAAGAGGAAGAGGAACCUCAUGACGUCGUCGGUAUUCCCAGCAGAGAUAUCUACAUCCGAUGGCUGCAGCUGUCGGCUUUCUUCCCAGCAAUGAAAUAUUCGCUGCCGCCUUGGGUUUACGACGAAGCCACGUUGGAGGUAGCGAGGAACAUGAGCGACCUACACCAGCAAUACAUUUACCCAAUCAUCAAGAAGCACAUAAGGAAAGAAAUCAAAGACGGCAUGCCGAUCCUCCGGCCAGUCUGGUGGCUGAGUCCGCACAACAAAACGGCUAUGGAUAUCAGUGAUGAAUUCCUCGUUGGGGACCAGAUUCUGGUGGCUCCCAUUAUGUGCGAAAGAGAAACCAGUAGAGAUAUCUUCUUCCCCAAGGGCAUCUGGGCGGACAUUACCAAAGGAGGUUUGACUGUUGGUCCAAGACUUGUUAAGAACUAUACGGUGGGGCAGUUCGACGUGCCUCAUUUCAUCAGGAUGAAAGUGACGCAUGAGUGAUCGUUUGUUAAAAAAUGUAUUAUUAAAAUAAUUUGGAAUGAAAAGGGAUAAAGAAGAAUAUUGACAGUUUUAUGUGCCUUAUUUCGAAGGAGUCAUAAGUGAUUAUUUUUUAAAGUUAAAUGUUCUUCAAAAUUGAAAAGAUUAACAAAAAUCUUAGUCAAUUGGUUGUGCCUUAUUAUAUUUGAAUGAAUGACACGUAUGAGUGAUCAUUUGUUAAAAAAAUUUAUUCAAAUAUUGAGAAUGGACCCCCCCCCCCCCCCCCCCCCCCCCCCCACACACCCCCACUAACUUGGGCUAUUGAAUGUGCGUUAUUUCGAAUGAAAAUCACGGAUGAAUGAUUAUUUGUUUAAAAUAUGUUAUUCGAAUAUUUAGAAGGAAAACGAACAGCUAGGAUAUUCUGAUGUGCCUUAUUUCAUUUAAAAUGAAAGUCACAUAUUAGUCAUUUGUUAACCAUAUAUUUUUGUUAAUAUUUAAAUGAAAAGGAUAAAAAAAUUUUUUUUUACAACA